AUGCCGACCUCGGCGUCGCCCUCUGACCAGCAGCACUUCAUCUAUCCGAGUCCUCCCACCGCUACCGACGAUGACGACCGCUCUUCCUACCUCGCCAGCGACGAUGAAGGCGACUUGUCCUCCAGCGUGUCCGACCCGCUGAUCCGCCGCCGCCAGCGACGGUCCAAGCAGAUUGCCCGCUUCAUCUCGCUGAUAUCUGCCACCAUUGCUGCUCUUUGUGCCGGAUCCAUCGUCGUCUUCUCGCUCUACGCGCCAAAAUUCCUGUCACGACUUCAUUACACGCAAUUCCAGGUCAAUGGCGUCGCCAUCGGCAGCUCCGUGGCGCUAUACCUGCCCAUAUCAAUCAUGGGAUACGUCUGCGAUCGCAUGGGCGUUGCGCCGCUGGCUCUUCUGUCUGCUUUUUUGUUCGGAGGAGGCUACGGACUCGCAGCGGGUAUAUACAAGAAGCUAGACUACGAGUACAAUACGCUUGGCAAGUCUCAUGGCGCAGAGAACGGCUGGUCAUAUCCGCUCAUGGUGCUUGCCUUCAUCAUGAUUGGAGCCGGCACCUGCGCCAUGUACAUCAGCUCCGUAUCGACGUGCGCCAAGAAUUUCGGCAAGGGCAAAUACAGAGGCCUGGCGCUGGCCAUGCCCAUCACUGGCUUUGGCCUCAGUGGCAUGUGGCUGAGCCAGUUUGGCAGCCGCUUCUUGGCCGAGAAGAAUCCCGACGGGUCCAGGGGCGAUGUUGACGUCUUUCGCUUCUUCGUUUUCCUUGCCGCCCUUCUGUUCGUCGUUGGCAUUCUCAGCGUCUUUACUCUCAAGGUUGUCGACGAAGAAGAGCUGAUUGAGGAGGCCAUUGAAGAGCUGGAGCAGAGUGGGCUCCUAGACGGAAGCUCUCUGCUGGCGCGAUCCGAAAGCCGAAGAUCUAAUGGAGGCUACGGCGCAAUUCCGGCCAUUGCUCAAGACGACAUUACAGAGGAGGUUGACGACGACGCAAAGUGGAAGAAGAAUUGGGUCCUCAACGCCGAGACGCGUCGUUUCUUGUCCGACCACACAAUGUGGCCGUUUGCCUUGGCAUUUCUGCUCAUGAUUGGACCCGGCGAGGCCUUCAUCAACAACCUAGGCACUGUCAUCGGCACUCUCACGCCUCCUAUCACCGAAGAUGUCAACCACGGGACCUCAGCUGCCACUCAUGUUUCCAUCUUUGGUGUUACCAGCACCAUUGCUCGUCUCACGAUUGGCACCCUGACCGACAUCUUGGCCCCAGCACCAGAGACUCAGCAUAUCCAAGUACCUCCUUCGCGACCCUCGUCUCCGCUUAAGCGCUUUGCCAUCUCUCGCGUUGUCUUUAUGCUUUUCUUUGCUGUCUUACUUGCAACCGGACUACUAUUCCUUGCCAGCGGUGCUGCUCAGAAUCAUGCCGACCGAUUCUGGGUUGUCUCUGGCCUUGUUGGAGCGGGCUAUGGAGCUGUCUUCUCUCUUACUCCUCUCAUCGUCACAAUCAUCUGGGGUGUCGAAAACUUUGCUACAAACUUCGGCAUCAUCGCUAUGCUGCCUGCUUUCGGAUCUACAUUCUGGGGCCUUGUCUAUUCGGCCGUUUAUGAGGCUGGAUCGAGGAGCUCUUCCACUGAUCCAUCGCAGCCUGGUGAUGGCGGGUCUGAUGACUCCGUUUGCUACGGAAAGCAUUGCUAUGCUGUUACGUUUUGGGCAGAGGGUGUCUGUGUGGUUGUUGCGUGUUUCCUAUUGCUUUGGGCUUGGAAGGGCAGAGGAGGCUGGAGUCAGCGUGGUAUUGUGAUAUAA